CCUCCUACUCCUUCUCCCCCUCCUCCUCCUCUUCUUCUUCUUCUUUUUUUUCUUCCUCCUCCUCACUCCUUCGUUCUUAUUCUUCUUCUCCUUCUUCCUCCUCCUCCUCUCUUCUUCCACUUCUUCUUCUUCUUCUUCUUCUUCUUCUUCUUCUUCUUCUUCUUCUUCUUCUUCUUCUUCUUCUUCUUCUUCUUCUUCUUCUACUCAUCCCCUCCGUACUCUCUUCCAUGACAUCAUGGCGGGUGGUGGCAGGUCUGGAACGACGAGGGGUGCCACAGCAGCAGACCGAGGAAAGGGCAAAGGUGGAAGCACCUCCGGUACACCUGCGUCGACGGUGACCUUCAAAGACCCCACACCGGCAACGGGCCCGUCACUGUUCGUUCCACAGGACGAGACGAGGCAGGUCAAGUUGCAGAAGGAAAAAACGGUGUGGAAGUAUGCGGAACAGGGACAGGAGGUUGGGCCGAAUGCACGAGGCGAGUAUUGGGUGAGGUGUCGGUUAUGCUCGCAGAUUUGGAGGGGCACAAGCACAAGGGCGGUCGAGCAUUACCUGAAGCCGCGGAAGCCAUGUCCAUUGAGAACAGGGGAGAUUGUCAACGAGCUCAUUACUGGUGGGGGGAAAGUGCAGCCGGACGACAAGAAUACACGGUACCUCCUAAAACAUUACAGGCAGCUGCAUGGAAUUCCGGAGGAGGGGGUCGUUGCAACGGAGACAUCCGAGGUGGAGGACGAUCUCCCCGGAUACCUGGAGCCACAACCACCGCCCACUGCAGGCAGGGCUGCUGCAAAAACUGACGCGGGAGCAUCGCAACAGAUCGGAGGUGCUUGGAAAGGGCCGGAGCACGUCGAGAUUUGGGGUGACCUGGCCGAGUUCCACUCCAAGCCCACAAGGAACGGCCCAAAGAGGAAGGACACAAAGAUGUGGGACCCCACAGCGAAGGCAGAUGUUGAGAGGAAGACACCGUCAGAGUGGUGGGCAGCACAUGGUGGCGAUGUGCCCGAAUUGCAGAAGAUUGCGAUCAAGGUUAUGGGCAUGUGGAGCACCGCAUCACCGACGGAGAGGAAUUGGGCUUCCAUGGACUUCGUCCAGUCCAAACGAAGGAACAGCUUGGCGCCGGAGAGCUUGGAGAAGCUCGUCGACAUCCACUGGAACAUGCAGUUGUUGCGUCUUCCGGAGACUAAGGACGGGGGCUAUGUGGAUUUGUGGAGUUCGUUCGUCGAGCCCAUCCCGGAGUCUGCAGAGGACGAUGGAUCAUUGUUGAAGGGGCCCGAGGACGAGGCCGAUAAGACAGAGGAGGAGCUUGUUCGGGAAAGGAGGCUCGUGAAGACCUUAAAGGGAAGGAUUCCCAAGAAUCUCGAGGACGUUGAGGAAGAGCACAUGGACGACAGUGAUUUGGACGAUGAGCUGUGGAAGGGGAAGUAUGGAGCGUUAGACGAUUCAAGUGCCAGCGAAGAGGAGGCUGAUGUUGAUUCCGAUUUUGAGCUGCAACCGGAGCCUGCAGUCUCGGGCACAAUGUAUAUUAGCAGGAGGCGAACUGGACGACAGCGUAGAGAGGAGCCACGCCCGACAGCAACACCGGCCACAGCAGGGGGAACAGAACAGUACGAUCAGCAACUCGACGUCAACUUUGCACAGCCAGAUACGGACCUCGAGAUGUUGCUGCAAACCGGGGUUGACGAAGAUGAAGAGGAUGCCAACCGUGCCAAGGCUAUGGCUNUCAACUUUGCACAGCCAGAUACGGACCUCGAGAUGUUGCUGCAAACCGGGGUUGACGAAGAUGAAGAGGAUGCCAACCGUGCCAAGGCUAUGGCUGACAGGGACAGCGACCUAGUCCGAAAACGGAUGAUGGAGGAGGAGGCCCGCCGUGCAGCUGUCCCAACCCGCAGAGAGAUUGAGAGAGGCCAGAAAAACGCCUUGGAGCACCAACAGCAUAUGGAUCGGGCUUUGGGGGUCGUGGAAGAGGUAAAAGAGGAAGAAGAGGAGGAGCAGCGGCAACCAGAGGAGGGGGAGGAGAUGGAGCGGCAAGAAGAGGGGGACGACGUGAUGCAACGAGAGGAGGGAGAGGACAUGGAGCAGCAAGAAGAGGGCGAAGACGUGAUGCAGCGAGAGGAGGGAGAGGACAUGGAGCAGCAAGAAGAGGGCGAAGACGUGGUGCAACCGCAUGAGGAAGAGCAGAUGGAGCAGCAAGAAGCGGGCGAAGAUGUGGUGCAACCGCAUGAGGAAGAGGAGAUGGAGCAGCAAGAAGAGGGGGAGGGCAUGGUGCAGCAUGACGUGCUUGGAAAGGCCCACGAAGACAAGCCCUAGUCCACAGUAACAGUUGUGUACACACUCAGGCCACGACCAGCGGACUCUCCGGAGUCCACGGAUAAGAUGCCGAAAUUCCCUGAGAUAAAUGAGGCUGUCCAAC